GAGCAAUCCAUCUUCUCCUUUCAUCCUUCAAUAUACUUGGUCUACCAGUGAAAAUGCCGCUCCAUCUCCUAGGGAAGAAAUCAUGGAACGUCUACAACUCAGAGAACAUCGCUCGCGUGCGGCGCGACGAGGCGCAAGCCAAAGCUCAGGAGGAGGAAGAGGAGCGCCGCAUGCAGGAAGUCGACGCUGAGCGAAGAAUCCAAAUCCUGCGCGGAGAACGACCCUCAAGCCCACCCCCACCGCCGCCGCCGCAGUCCUCGGUUUCCUCAACUGAUAAACACAGGUACUCGGAGGAGGCCGGGCGACACAGGAAGAGGAGACGACUAGCUGGGGAGAACGAUACAGAUAGGGAUAUCAGAUUUGCCCAGGAGGACGCCAAAAUGGCCCGAGCUACACAGGACCGGCAGGCUCGUGUCCGUUCAAGCGACGCACCCCUUCACGAUAGCACCGGACAUAUUGACUUAUUCCCCUCGGAAACGGCCCGCAAACCAGCCGAGAAGAAUGCAGAAGCAGAGAAGGAGUCUACUGAGAGGCAAAGAAGGUUCGAGGACCAAUAUACCAUGCGCUUUUCUAAUGCGGCGGGUUUCCGGCAAUCCGUCGGUCAGAAUCCUUGGUAUUCGUCGUCUCGAACCGAUACACAGACGUCGGAAGCCAUGCCGAGCAAGGAUGUCUGGGGUAAUGAGGAUCCUUUGCGGAAAGAAAGAGAAAAGGCCAGGAUGGAUGCCAACGAUCCUCUAGCGGCAAUGAGAAUAGGUGUCCAACAGCUCCGCUCAGUUGAGAGGCAAAGGAACAGAUGGAACGAGGAACGGAAGCGCGAGCUUGAGGAAAUCAAGUCUGUGGAAAAGCGCCGGUCGCGUCAUCGUAGAAAAAGGUCUGCAUCACAGGACAGCCUCGAGGGUUUCAGGCUCGAUGCUUCUCCAGACAGCUCGCGGAAGUCCCAUGACCCAAGUUCCCGUCGACAUCAUCGCAGAGACAGAAGCCGAGAUCGCUCGCAUCAUCGACAUUCACAUUCCAAGUCAGAUUCUCAUCAUCGCCGCCAUGACCGCCAUCGAGGGACGGAGUCAAGGAAUCGAGCGACACAUGCAGAGUAGCAUUCACAAACUUGACUACUCACUAUGCGAUCAUAACAUGAGCAGCUCUCUCAUCCAAAACUAGGUGAUGUACCAUUACAAAGUAAAAGAGCUACCAUGCUUACACGUUG